GCGCGGGUCUGGUGCGGCGCGGCCGGGCAGUGCGCCUGUGCAGCCGGCGCAUCCCAAUGGAGCGUGGCGGCACUUUCGGGUCGGGAGCCCGCGGUGAGGGGGCUUCGCGGGGCAUUCUGCUCCCCGGGAAGAUGGCCGAGCAGAGCGCGGUGCGGACCUCGCCACUCAGCCACCGUCCUUCGGGCAUGGAUGGAUUUUUAAAAUCAGAUGAGAGGCAAAGACUAGCCAAAGAGAGACGAGAAGAAAGAGAAAAAUGUCUGGCUGCCCGGGAACAGCAGAUCCUAGAAAAACAGAAAAGAGCCAAGCUCCAGUAUGAAAAGCAAAUUGAGGAGCGAUGGCGAAAACUGGAAGAACAGCGGCAGCGGGAGGACCAGAAGAGGGCUGCUGUGGAAGAGAAGAGGAAGCAGAAACUCCGGGAGGAGGAGGAACGGCUAGAAGCGAUGAUGCGCAGGUCCCUGGAGCGCUCACAGCAGCUGGAGCUGAAGAAGAAGUGUUCCUGGGGAACAUCACUGCCUGCAGGGCCCGGAGGACGCGAUGGUGAAUCAGAAAAUACCCCACCCCCUCUAGGUUUAGCAGCCACCACCCUCCCUCCGGAUGCAGGGACCACUUCCGCCGCUGCUGAGUCCACCAACGCAUGUGACAAACUUUCAACAUCAACUAUGAAUUUGCCAAAGCAGCCGGAGCCUCCUAUGAGUAAACGCCUGUCUUCAUCUACCGUGGCAAUAUCCUGUUCCCCUGACCGAGCUCAUCGCACACACCUUAGUCCCAUGGAAAGCUUUCUUGUUAUGCGACUAUUGACACCCACACAGGCUUCUUUAGCCAGAAGCAGAAGUACGUUCAUGUUCUCUGAGCAGGCCAGUGACUCAGCUCCCGCUGGCCCCCUUAAAUCUUCGUUCAACUCUUCUCCCACCCGAACCAUCAAGAGGAAGAAGGCUCCACUUACCUCUGGUGUAGGAGAUGCUGGGAAAGGAGCCCCUGCAGGAGCAGAGGCCUCUCCGACAGAGAAAGUGAAGAGGGGGCAACGAGUGACAACUUCUGUUCCCACUGGGGGCCUUGGGUCCCCACUGAGAAGUUGCGAGCUUCCUGGAGGCAUUCCUAAGAGGUCAUCUUCUCCUGUGAUAUCUAAAACAACUUCAAAAGCAUAUCCACAGUCUCCAAAGACUGUGAAGCCACCAUACCAAGGAUCUCCUGUGAAGUACCGCUUUCCCCCCAUUCCCAGCCAAGAAACACUCAAGAAGAAAUCAGAGAAAGAGAAGAGUAAUAAGGAAAGGGAAAGCACUUCAGGUCCGCAGGCUGCUGGCCCACAAGGAGAAGAAAUCCCAGAGAAGCAUAUGGCAGAGAAGCAUAUGGCAGACAAGCAGGCCACUGAGAAGCAUGUGGUGGACAAGCAGGCCACUGAAAAUCACGAGGCAGACAAACAUGCUACCGAGAAGCAUGUGACGGACAAGCAGGCCACUGAGAAGCAUGCUGCCACAGGAGGGAGGGCCGAGAGCAGUGCAGCUUUGGGGAAGCCCACAGCAGGCACCACUGAUGCAGGAGAAGCUACAAAGAUCCUGGCUGAAAAGAGAAGACAGGCUCGGCUGCAGAAGGAACAGGAGGAGCAAGAACGACUGGAGAAGGAAGAACAGGAGAGGCAGGAGAAAGAGGAAUCAAUAAGAAAGGCAGAGGAGGAAAGGCAGCGCCUAGAAGAAGAAGCCCAUAAGCAAGAAGAGGAACAGAAGCGCCAGGAAGAGGAAGAAAAAAGAAAGGCAGGAGAGGAAGCCAAGCGGAAGGCUGAGGAGGAGCAGUUGCUGAAAGAGAAGCAAGAAAAAGCCAUGAUUGAAAAGCAGAAAGAAGCAUCAGAAGCAAAGGCCCAGGAGGCUGCUAAACAGAUGCGUCUAGAAAGAGAACAAAUAAUGCUGCAGAUUGAGCAGGAGCGACUGGAGAGGAAGAAGAGAAUAGAUGAAAUCAUGAAGAGAACAAGGAAGAGUGACGUGUCUCCAGAAGUGAAGAAAGAAGACCCCAAAGUGGAGAUUCAGCCUGUUGUGUGUGUGGAAAAUAAAAUAAAACCAGUUGUCCCCAACAAAAUAGAACUCAACAGUUUGAACACAUGCCAGGAAAUUAAUGGCGUGGGGCGCACUGCCCCCGAAGCUUUUCCACAAGAUGUUUGCUCUAAUGGGCGUAAACCAGUUGGGGGACUUGUUCAUCUGGGUGCCCUUGAUGGAAAAUCAAACAGUCUGGAUGAUUCAACUGAAGAAGCUCAGUCUAUGGAUGUGAGUCCUGUUUCCAAAGAAGAGUUGAUCUCCAUCCCAGAAUUUUCACCAGUGAGUGAAAUGAUUCCUGGAGUGUCUCUGGACCAAAAUGGAACUGGUAAUGCCCGAGCGCUUCAAGAUCUCUUAGACUUCACUGGUCCCCCGACGUUCCCCAAGAGAUCCAGCGAAAAUCUCAGCAUGGAUGAUUGUAACAAAAACCUUAUCGAGGGAUUUAACAGUCCUGGCCAAGAGACUACUCUGAACACCUUCUGUUGACAAAUGCAACAUCCCUUUAAUGAAAGGUGGUGUUUGGAGCACCCAAGAAGCUGCUGGUAGCCAAAUCCCAGCUGCUGGCUCUCUGAAGAAACUUCUGUCACCCUUAACUGCUGUGAUAUUAGACUGGAAUGUAACUGUAUUCCUAGGUAGUAUGUCAAACACUGGCAUCUCUUGGUAGAAACCUUGAGACUUUUCACCUUAAUGGGCUUUAGCGAAGUUUCACUUACGGUUCUAUUUAGGAGCUUCUGCCGCUACUAAAGCACUGCCUGUCCUUGUCUAUUAUCACAGUGACCCUCUAAGUAACCUGAGUGAUGCUGCCAUGGAAGUUCACUUUGUGGUCGGUCUCUUUCCUGGAGUCAGAGCCCAUAAGCAUUUAGAUGUCUCCUCCUAUAAAUAUUCUAGGCAUUUGCUCAACUCUAGUUAAACAUGUUCUCAGCCUGGGCUGCAUAGCUCCUUUCCUUUGUUUAGAAGGAGAAGAAAUUCAGGAGCUUUUCCCUCUCUGGGCUUUCUCUCUUUAAAAUAUUAUCAAGAAGUCUUUUUAUUCAAGCUUUGCCACCUGCAAAUACAUUGCCCCACAUUAUUCCUUUGGGGUUGAUCAAUUUGAUUGAGUAAGGAAGAAUUAAACAAUGCAUAGUCAUUUCUGUUCUCUUAUGCAUAUUCUUAUAUGCAUGGGCAACUGAAUCAGGCAAGGACCCUUCGUAUUGCCCCUUCAAAUCUCCCACUGUAGUCCCUCCAAAUUAUCAAGUGGUCUUCCUGUUGAAUGACACUGAAUGUGUCUCAUUUGCAGGCGGUUGGUUUGGGGUUUGCUCUUGUUUUCUAUUGGAUCUUGGGGUUUUUCUUUGUUUGCUCCUAUGUUUGCUCAACUGUAAUAAAACCAGGCAUAGAUAAAAAGCAUAGUGCUCUGAAACAAGGGGGCCCAAAAUUGGUCCCAGUAUGUCACUUUAACAGACUAUAACAUUAAAAAAAAAUCUGAAUGGGGAAAAAUAACACUAGAAUGUUUGCCCCACAAAUUUUAUGCCAUAUAAUGCUGUGUUCUCUUUUUUUCUCUCUUCUUGUGGUAAAAUGUGACUUUCAGAUAAAUGACCUCUUCCUUGGAACUUUUGUUUAAACUUGUAAUAAAGGAUUUAGAGAGAACCAUAAUUCUGAGAGAUUUGCAAGUCUCAAUAGUAAUCUCAUUCAUGUGCUUUUAAAGAAGCUACAGUUUAAGAAUUUAUUAGUUAUGAAAACUGUGUAUGUUUGUGUAUGUAUAUAUACUAAAUAAAAUACAUGCCUCUAAUAA